GGGAAAGUCGGUGAAUGUGCCAUGGAAUGACGUUCCGAUGGAGUGUGUCGAGCGUCGGAACCCGUGGCGGUCUUGACGGUAUCUCCGUACCACACAGGUCGACAUCCUUGAUAACGUCAGGCGCUAAAGUUGCUUGAGUUUUUCCCGUAGUUUCACUGCACAGACCUGCCAAUACCCGUAUGCGAAGGCGGUUCUUGGAAUUAGAUCCUGCCAGUUUAUUUUCUUUUAACAUGUCGUCCAAGGGUCUCGACCCUCGCCCUACAGCUGUGCACAUGCGGGUCUGGAGCUCGACGCACUUGGCAGUCUUGGAGGACCGGGUUCGGCAUUCCGCGGUCCUUUCUAUCUCAAGGCCUAGCAAACAUAUAUACACGCCCAACAAGUUACGGCGACCGCAGAAUGGAGAGGGCUGGUAUUUUCAGUGUUCCCGUGAUGUCGUUCACUCAUGGUGGAAUGCUCGAGCAUACAGUUCAGUUUCUCGAAGACAGAAAUCUCAACUUUCUCGAGAGCAGCGUGAUAUGCUCGUGGGUGCUAUCGCACUACGUAUUCAUGACGUCAAACGGGUUCGCUCAUUCCCAAAGCUCCUUGCGUUACUUGUGGAUGCCGUAGUUGGAUUGUAUGGCUCUCCGUCUCCCGCCUACCUGCGACUGCACGUGGAGGGUUUACUUCUCUUUUGGUGUCAGAACGGGCGAACUUCGGAGGUCACACGCAAUGCGCCUAAAUACUUUAUGCCGACCUGUUUCCGCGGUCUUUGUUGCCUACGACAUCGGUAGUUCCGAGAGCGCUGUUUAAGUUCUUCCAAUCGUUGAAUCCUUAUCGGCCGCCGACCACUGAUCACGGUAGUGAGCUCCGCAUUCCGGCAAGGAGCAGCGAGAGUCGCGGAGAAGUUUCACGGCAAGCUAAACCGAUCUUCGAAACUCUAUCUCUGGUAUCGGCUUUAUCUCCCCUCCUCUCGGAGGGGAUCCCACGAUACCUCGCAUUCCCCAAGUUGUUUUUCUUUCUGUGCAAUCUCUUAUGAUUACCUCGCGUUCGAGUUCUUGUUUGGGGAACUCUUCAAAUAUAGCCGCUGCGCUCGUUGCCAAACGUAUUGUCGCCAGUCGUCGCGCCAGCUGCUGCUUCUCGUCUCACCACCGUUGGUAACCUCUUACACGGCGUCUCCACGCAACGCUCGCCGACUCCACAGAGUUACCGUGAACAUUAUU